CUGCACUAGUGUAGCAGUGUUCACCUAUUAGGACAGAAAUGGCCUCAACGGAGGGAAACACUCAGACAUACAAGCUGACCUCUUUUGACAAUGACAUCAACCAACACUUCCAGGAUGCAAUUGAUGUGAUUCAACAGCAUUCAAGUAAUUCAUAUUACGAUUCAGAGUACACAUAUUAUGAGACUCUGGGUACUCAGCAGCCAUCACUGCAGUGUCAGAUCUCCUGCUGCCUUGUCACACGUCAGUCUGAAGUACCAGCUCCACUAUAUGACUGGAAUGACAUGGCUCAGCAGUCUUGGCCUCAGGUCAUCCCUGAUGUCUCCUUGGGUCACUCUGUGCAAAAUGAAUCGCCUCAUUUCUACUCAAUCUUACCACCACAGAGAACCAGCAAAGGUCGUAAGAAGCUCAGACUUUACGAAUACCUCCAUGAGGCUCUGAAUGACCCCAACAUGGGCGACUCAAUCCAGUGGACCGACAACGGCAGCGGCACCUUCCACUUCAUCUCCAAGAACAAGGAGAAGCUGGCUGAGUGCUGGGGCCAACGCAAGGGCAACCGCAAGACCAUGACCUAUCAGAAGAUGGCGAGAGCUCUGAGAAACUACAGCCGCACCGGUGAGAUCAUCAAGGUGCGCCGCAAACUCACUUACCAGUUCAACCCAGACAUCCUGCACAGGCUCGGCUCUGCGCAGGCGUCCGUGCACCUGCCCAGCCGCCCUGCACAAGAGGAGGCCCACACCCGGCAGCUAAACUCCACUGAACAGAGCUACAGCGGCACUGCGGCGGUGGACUGGCACAGCUGGUACGCAAACUACCAGCUGCAGGAAGACUAUGAGCUGGCUUCCAGCUUCACUUCACACAGCAUAACCAAACUAUGAGCUGGAGGACGGUUUAAUCAUAGAGGGGCAAAAUCCUUUUAAUAGUCUGAAAAGGUUUUCAAAGACUUGGUUUUGGUUUGGUUUUUCUACUCUCAAACCUUUUUGGGCCCACAUUCAGUCCUUGCAUGUAAUUACUGCUUAUAGUGGGACUAUUACUGUCAUUAACACUUUUCAGUCAAAAGUGUUUAAAUACCCUUUUUAUGUCAUUUUUGUUCCAUGUAAAGGAGUAUUACUGUAAAUGUAUUUGUAAAUACUUAAAAAUAUGAUUGCUUAUUUUAGAAAAUCCUUAGAAUGAAAUCAAAACUGGGUCCGUAUUCAGUCAAUUAAUGUUAUUUUAUGUCAUAAUCGGACUAUUUUGGUCAUUUAAAGUAAACAAUUUUUUUGUGGAAUAAUACACUGCUAGUCAAAUGUAUCACUGUAAAUGAAUUGUAAAUACAUUUAAACUCCAACAUAUGAAUGAGAAAAUUCUCUAAGUUCAUCAAGAAAAGUGUUUUCUUUCUUUACAAAACGCCUACAUUUAAAUGAUAAUGCCCUGGAUAUUACUUAAAACAUGUUAUCAUUUAGACAUCUUUUAAUUACUUAUGUAAAUACAUUUCCAUUCGACAUGUAGCUGACGCUGAUGCUAACAUAUAUAUUGUGGACUUGUGCACCUUUCCCCUGCGCACACCUGCAUUUAAUAAAGCACUAAUUAAAAAAAACAUAUGCCACCUAACAGGCAGGAUUUCAUUUUUUUAGGGUUUAGGGAGUCUGAAGAAUUAAAAGUUCCUCCUAUAUUCCUACAAAGAACUGUAAUAAAAUAUAUAUAUAUUAAAACUAUCAUAGUAAGUAAUAAGUAUUGUGGGUUACAUUACUAAAAGGCAUUUAGAAAUAAAAUAUGAAAAAAGUUAAAUGAAUUUGAACAAUUAAGACCAUUUGCAAUACAAUUAAAUAAAAAUCAUAAUCAUGUACCAAUAUGUUCUACUGCAGACACACUGUUUUGACUCUACAAGACAGUGGAAUAGGUCAUAUAGAUUAUUUUAUACCAAUAAUAACAAUUUAAAAGUUUAAGUCUACGGCUCCUGUUGUUACAUCAAGCAACCAGUAAGAAGCAUUGUGUCUGAUGACAUGUAAAUCUUGAUACUUUUCUUGAUAAAACAAUGUUUUGUAGACUUUUAUAUGUAUUGUGUAUUAAUACAUGUUUGUUCCUAAUAUU